GCUGGGUUUCCCUGGUAUUCCAGGAUCAAAUGGUAUUCCGGGAGUGCCGGGCGUCCCGGGGCCACACGGACCCCAGGGAAGAGAAGGUCAAAAGGAAAAAUUGGUGAUAAAGGAUCACAAGGAAUGCCCGGUGCAAGAGGAGACAGAGGGCGCGAAGGACCCCCUGGGAAGAGUGGACCCCGAGGAAUUAAGGGAAUGAAAGGUCAACAGGGACUUGAGGGAAUGAAAGGAGAGCAAGGAGCUGUGGGAAUGAAAGGAGAACGAGGCAUUGUGGGAAUGAAAGGAGUGCGCGGACCUGUGGGAAUGAAAGGAGAACGAGGCAUUGUGGGAAUGAAAGGAGUGCGCGGACCUGUGGGAAUGAAAGGAGAGCGAGGCAUUGUGGGAAUGAAAGGAAGAAAAGGAGACAAAGGAGCGAAAGGAGAAAGCGCCAAAGCAAGUCAAGCAAGUGUAGUACCACAAACCAACUGGAAACAAUGUGUGUGGAAAUCAUUGAGCAGUACUGAUAACGGAAAGAUUAAGGUAAAUAGAAUAAGAAUCAUAACACACUCCUAAGAAAAUUCAUUCUCUUUUAAAUUAAAAUGUUUCAAAGAAGAACGUCUCCUCUCUCACUCACCGUUUGCCAACACAUUACAUAAAUAACUAAGUUACCUUUCCCUCUACUUUGGUUCUUUUUUGAACGAAAAAAAGAAAACCAUCGCGCGUGAUAAAAUGAUCAGACCAUGUGGAUAAGGACAACAAAAUUUUAAGCUAUUACAGGUGUUUUUAAAAAAUUAGGAAGUAAUCAUGACUAGAGUUGUUAGUAUCAAUCAUUACACACGGUUGCUCGCCUUAUUACAAUAUGUUUGAUUUGUUUGCUUUUAUUCCAGGACUGUGCGUUUAACAAACUGCAGUCUAGUUCAGCGCUCAGAGUCUCAUUCCAGGGAAACAUGAUGGUUCUUGGUCAUGCUAAGUGUAACCGAUGGUAUUUCAAGUUCAAUGGAAAUGAAUGCAGUGGACCAAUGACGAUUGAGGCUGCUGUUCUCAACAUCUGGUCAUCUGUGAACCGUUAUCAGCUGUAUCAUCAUCGGUCAUUUGAGGGGUACUGUGAAAACAUUCCACAAGGCGCAGUUAGAGUAGAAUUAUGGGUAGGAAAGUGUAGUGGCCAAACCCUGGGUAACGCUGAUACUGGGUGGAUAUCAGUGUCCCGGAUAAUGAUUGAAGAAGUAUCUAGGCCCCAGUCCUAA